AUGAAGAGCAUAAGUAGUAUCUGGCAGGGGAUUAAACCAGAAGUGCUGAUGGUGUUUGUACAACUAGCAUCGGCGGCGAUGAAUAUAAUAUGCAAACUUGCAAUAAAUGAUGGAAUGAGCAUGAGAGUUGCCACGGCUUAUCGCCUCAUCUGUGCAGCGGCUUUCAAUAUCCUAAUUGCUCUUUUCUUUGAUAGGAAGAAGAGAGCAAAGAUUACUUGGAGUGUGCUUUAUAAGACAUUUCUAUGUGGAUUGUUUGGGGGAAGUUUGUAUCUAAACCUUUAUCUUGAGGCUCUUGCUUUAACGUCGGCAACAUUUAUGUUGGUUGUUUUCAACCUAAUUCCAACCAUUACCUUCAUCAUGGCUGUAUGCUUGGGAAUGGAUAAAUUUAAUUUGAGGUUAAUGGAAGGAAAGGCAAAGGUGAUAGGAGUAAUAAUGGGAAUGAGUGGUGCAAUGUUGAUGAUUUUUUUUAAAGGUGCGGAAAUUCACAUUUGGUCUUCUAAUAUUAACCUUUUGCAUCCCCAUCAAAAUCCAAAUGAACUAAUGGCAUCUCACCAUGCUGAAAUUCGUAAAAAAAUAUUGGGUGUUUCAAUUGCACUGGCAAGCGGUUGCUCUUUUUCUAUCUGGCUUAUCAUUCAGGCUAAGUUGCAUGCAGAAUACCCUUGUCAUCACUCAAGUGCAGCUUUAAUGGUUUCAAUGGGUGCCAUUCAAGCAACUCUUAUUUCUCUUUGUAUUGAAAGAGAUUGGAACCAAUGGAAGCUUGGAAACAAACUCAGAAUUCUUACUGUUGUUUAUCCGGGAAUUGUGGUCUCUGGAUUAGCAGUUAUCAUUAUUGCAUGGUGCAUAAGGACGAGAGGGCCUCUAUUUGCGUCUAUUUUCAAUCCUUUACAACUCUUACUUGUAGUUAUAGCUGCUUAUUUGAUGUUAGAUGAGAAACUAUAUUUGGGAAGCAUGCUUGGAGCAAUUGUGAUUGUGUGCGGUCUCUAUACGGUACUUUGGGGUCAGGGAAGAGAAAUAAAAAAUAAAAUGAAGAUAUUAGAAAUCACAAGAAUGUCUGAAAAUAAAGAGGUUGUUGUUAUUUCCAUGCCUCUUCCACUUGAUAGAGUCAUCCAAAACUCCCAGAGAUCAGCCAUUACUAUAGAGAAUGUUGUUAAUGAUCAAUGA